CAGAAGAAGCAUGUGUACGCGUUGUGCCCAACCACUCGAGCAGCUAGCGAACCGUAUCCCAAUCCUUCUCAAAUACUAGUAAUUGCCCAGGUGGUGCUCUAUGGGAGCUCCCCCGACGUGGCAUAGCAACAGCGUGGCACGAACUCAAGGAUCUUGUAGGGCAGGCUUCACCAUGCCUGUCCCGUUCCUGAUGUCCUUAGCGUCCAUCGCAGGAUCCUGGUUGCGGCUGAUGAUUGCAACACUGAAGGAUCACUGUACGACGACCUUGCCUCCUGCAUCCCGCGAGAUGUUGAGCAUAGAGGAAGCUCCUAUGCUAAGGCAUGUAAGGAAUUAGCUAUGUUGUCCAGCUUGAUACAGGUAACUACCCAGGUACCUAAAAUAGUAUGCAUCCUGCAGCUCA